AUGGUCGACACUGCAAUAACAAUUGAAUUCUGUACUGAAGAGGUUAACCCGAAGGCCUAUCCGUUGGCGGAUCAAGCCCUCACGUCGAAGAUUAUGACACUAAUCCAGCAGGCGGUAAACUACAAGCAGUUGCGUCGCGGUGCCAACGAAGCGACCAAAACUCUUAACCGUGGUCUGUCGGAGUUUAUCGUGAUGGCGGCGGAUGCAGAACCGAUCGAAAUCAUCCUGCAUCUUCCGCUGCUGUGCGAAGACAAGAAUGUGCCGUACGUAUUCGUGCGGUCCAAGCAAGCGUUGGGUCGUGCGUGCGGUGUAACGCGCCCGAUCGUUGCCUGCUCCGUUACUAUCGACGAGGGUUCGCAGCUGAAAUCUCAGAUUGUAUCAAUUCAGCAGGAGAUCGAGCGGCUGCUCGUAUAG